AUGCGCAAGUUACCGACAUCAUCGCACCAUUUCGCUCGAAAUUGGAGCCGUGAUACGCCGCCGCAUCGCAAUAUUGUCCACUUGACUGGCACACCUUCAUCUACACCUUCAUCUUAUACAAGCCUGUACUCACGGAAAACAAAGCUUCUUUGUGCAGAUCGAAGAUUGCAAAUCGCCCCUGGGCGAAAGCAACGAGCGAAAAUCAAGCCCGUCAAAUUAAGGCAUGCUUCAGCUCUGCGUCUGGCCGCUUGUCGACAAGCGGCCAGAGAGAAAUGCAAAGGGGACAAACAGACAGACAGGCAUUCCGGUGUGUCGCCCGGCCGUCCACCUGCGAAUGGGCUCACGAGUAGGCCAUGUGGGCGCGCACACACGCACGCACGCAGCCAGCAAGAGUCGUGCCGUUUGUUGCGCCCGGCCCGGUCGGGCUCUGUGCUGGUUUGUGCCUGCGCGGGUUGGUCGCUGGUGUCGGGCCUCGCUGUCUGUAUCCGUCCGGCUGGACAGACGGAGCGAGACGGAGAAAGACGCAGAGCGCGUCCGCUGAAGGGGCGGAGCAUCGCAGCGGCAGCUCAGGUGCGAGAUCAAAGCCUGCCCGGCGGCUCGCGU